GAUGACAAUUAAACAUAUGUUUUUAUAGUUUGCAGUGAUCUUUGCGGGUGCACAAAAAAAUUUUGGACCGGCUGGGGUUACUUUAGUAAUAGUACGAGAUGACAUGCUUGACCGUGCUAUGGAUAUAUGUCCGACAGUGCUGAAUUUUACUGUCAUGGCAAAUGAUAAUUCUUUACACAAUACUCCACCUGUUUUUCAAAUAUACAUGGUGGGUUUGGUAUUUGAAUGGAUCAAACAGAAUGGUGGAGUCGAAGGUAUGCAAAACUUUGCAAAGAAGAAAAGUAACAAGAUAUACAAUGUAAUUGAUGGAUCAGAAGGAUUUUACACAUGUCCUAUCAAGUCAGAUGCACGUAGUAGAAUGAAUAUUCCGAUCAGAAUAAAAAACAAUGAUGAGGAACUAGAAAAGGAGUUCCUUUCGGGUGCCGAAGCUCGCGGAAUGUUGCAGCUAAAAGGUCACAGGUAAGCAAAAAACUAUUGAAUUAGAACUGCAAUUA